UGUGUUUGGAGAGAACGACUUUCUCUUGUUUUAUUUUCUUUUCUCUUUUUGUUUUUCGUUUUUCUCACCUUCCCUCUCUUUUUUCCCCUCCCUCGAAUUCCAAGUUUCCAACCCCGUAAAUAUACAGACUUGUCUUUUCACGUUCGUUUCAACGUCUGAAGCUCUUCCAUGGAGAUGGAUUCAGUCGAGGUAGAUUACAAUGAGGAAUCCAUGGAAGAUAUAUCUGCAGAACGGUUGCUUUCUAUGGCUUCUUGUGUAAGUAGUAUCUAUGGAGAUCCACAAGUACUUCCUCGAGUUGGAGAUCAAUACCAGGUUGAAAUUCCAUAUCUAACAGAACAAUGGGACAGUCAGAAGCCAACUAAUACCAAAGGUUCGGAUGAUUUUGACUACAUUCCAAUCACAUUACCCGUCCCAGUUAUGUGGGUCCAGGAUGUGGUCGAUCAUGUCAAGUACGAAGGGCUGGAUUUUCAUGGUUACCCAGUUGUAUCUGCGCAAUACAAUCUCGCAAAAGAAAGCCGGAUGAAUUCUAAAGGCAAUGCAGCAAGCCAAUAUGCAGCUGACAGUGCAAACCAUCAUACAAAUGUUCCUGAUGGUUCAAUGCGUAAAUUCGAAUUUUGGGAUGGUGAAUCAGAUAACGGGAAGGGAUUUGGCAGGCCAGCAUGCCAUGACCUGUUUGGUGAUCGGAUGGAUGUGGAUGUUCCUCUGCGGCAAUGUAAGAAAUCUAAUGUCGAGAAGAAGCAUGAAAGCAAAGAUUACCAUCCGGUGCCUGGUUCGUUGGGCGGUUCUUGGAGUGAUAUUGAACAUGAGAGUUUUAUUGUUGGUCUCUACAUUUUUGGGAAGAACCUUGUUCAGGUGAAAAGAUUCGUUGAGAGUAAAGGGAUGGGGGAUAUACAAUCCUUUUACUAUGGGCAAUUUUAUAGGUCUAAUGGGCACCGCAGAUGGUCAGAGUGCCGGAAGAUGAGAACCAGGCGGUCUAUACAUGGGCAACGCAUUUUUACAGGAUGGAGGCAGCAAGAACUAUUAUCACGUUUGCUACCCCGUGUUUCAGACGAUUGCGGGAAUGCUUUAGUGGAGGUUACCAGGAUAUUUGGUGACGGGAAGAUUUCUCUAGAAGAAUAUGUCUCAUCUUUGAAGGGUAUGGUUGGCUUGACGGUUCUUGUGGAAGCCAUAGGAAUUGGUAAAGGGAGGAAGCAUGACCUCACCGGCGUCGUCAUGGAGCCUAUGAAGACAAACCAAGUCAUUUCUAUCCGUUCCGAGAUACCCAUUGGCAAAGCGUGCUCCACCCUCACAUCUGGAGACAUCAUUAGAUUUCUUACUGGAGACUUCAGGCUGAGCAAGGCACGGUCGAAUGAUCUCUUUUGGGAAGCCGUUUGGCCACGUUUGCUUGCAAGAGGGUGGCAUUCUGAGCAGCCCAAGAAUCAUGGUUGUGUUGGUACCAAGCAUCCUUUGGUAUUUCUCAUCCCGGGCAUCAAGAAAUUCUCAAGAAGGAAACUUGUUAAAGGUGACCAUUAUUUCGAUUCUAUUAGUGAUGUCUUGAAUAAAGUAGCAUCAGAUCCAAAGCUUCUUGAGCUGGAAGUUGAGGCAAUUAAUAACGGAAAUGGAGCCAAGGACGAAUAUGGAUGGGACCCGAAUGCCAAAUUAGACAAAAUGGGUCCGUCUGAUCAUCAGCGCCAUUGCUAUCUUCGCCCAAGGACUCCGAAUUGCAAUUCAGAGGUCGCAAAGUUUACCAUCGUCGACACCAGUUUGCUUCAUGGAGCAGAACCAUAUCAGGUAAAAGAACUUAGAAGCUUACCUGUGGAUAACACGAGAAACUUACCUGUGUACAGAACCCGUGUUCCCAUCACUACAAGCUCUUCGAGCGAAUCUGACAGUGACAAUAGCUCCGAGGAACAGGUCAAUGAGCAGGAAUCAGCUGAUAUGCUGUUGAACGAUAAGGAGUCCUACCCGACAACGCAUGAUGGCAAUAAAUCGGGGAACAGCUUGAACUGUAUGCCAAAUAAGGGAGUGCAUGCUGAUGUAUUGGAUCAUGUAGCUGCUCUUCAGGAGAAAGGGAUGUCAAUCAAUGAGCCAGAUUCAGCUGAUUUGCCCAUCAGUGAUCACAAGGAUCAGUUCCCUAAUGCAUGGAAUGGUGGCCACUGCAGGGUGAGAGUAAAGCGUCCAUAUGGGGCCAGAAUGAGAUCUGACCGACGGAACUCUUUUAGGGGCCGUCUUAAACUGCCAAGGUUAGAUAUUUAUAAUCAUGCAGAAAGAAGUCAGGGUUCCUCUGCAGGCCCUCAGUUGAAAGAGUCGCCUCACUGUGGACCUUACUCACUUGUAGCAAGUGAUAUCAUGGUUGCAGCAGUCAGUCAAGGUAAAGUCUGUCCAGAUGAGAGCAGCGAACUUUUGCUUGGUGAGGGCCUUUUUGGUGCCAAUGAUAUAUGUGCAGCAGUGUCAUCUCUUGAAAACCAGCCACCCCGGACUCUGAUUGACCUGAACCUACCACAUGUCCCACCUGAUUUUGAGACCAUGGAACCUUUCAUCGCAGAGGUGACAGAGAGCCAGAAUGGUUCAAAUAUGAACGGGUCUCUUUUUGCUUUGGAAAUGAGCCAGCAGCCUGAUCAUUCCCUUGCAUUGGGAACCUCUAAUGGCGUUGAUGGUGCAGAUCCACCGAUUGCCAAUGCUCGGCGGCAGAGCACCAGAAACCGGCCGUUGACGACCAGAGUGUUGGAAGCUUUUGAAUGUGGGUUCUUUAACACGAGGCGGAGGGGAAGGGGCAUGAAGGCCUUGUCACUUGGGACUUCAAUGCCAAGGUCUUCACGGCGACGGGCACGUGAUGGUGUUGGAGUUUCGGGGCAUGUUGCCACAAAUUCUGGUAUUGUUGCCACUGACUAUUCCAAAGUGGAGGGUGUGGAUGAGGAAUAUAGUAGCAACACAAACAUGGAUACUGAAUCUCAAAUCUGGUCUGAAAGGGAAGGAGCUCAAGACCUUAGGAUCCCUAUAACUGCCUAUCAUCCUGAGAUUUCGAUAGGAAAAUAUGAGGAUGUUGUUAGGGAUAUGCCUCCUUCUGACUAGAGGAUUGGAGCUCCGGCAAUUCGUUUUUUUUUUUUUAACAGAUGCUAUGAAAAACAUUAGAAUCAGAUCAUAUGCUUUUCCACCAGUUAGAACGCGCUAACUUGCUCUCAUGAAUCAUGACCUCUAUGAGUAGUGUCAAGACGGUUUCCUUUCUGGUUGUGUUCUUUACGGCUGGUGGAGGUUCCAGAGAAUUUGGAUCAUCUCAAGAUUCUGCCGGGGUUUGGUUUUUAUUGUUUAAUCAAGCGCGGUGCUGGGGAGAGAGUGGUCCUCGUGGUGCAUGACUGAGGAUGACACUUCUGUACGAGAGUCAGGCUGCAUAUCAGGGUGGCUCCGCCGUGAAUGUUCUGUGACCCAAAAAUCACGUUGGCCCACUCAUCAGGCUGGCCAAACUUGUAAGAUACAAAUGGAUAGGUAAAUAUAAACUGACCAACAUCCUGCAUUCAAUAUGCACAUGUGUCCCACUUGGAGUGGGGAUUGACCUGAAUUUUGGACCAAGGCGUGUUCAUGGUGGGGCCUGCCUGAUGAACGGCUGGGAUUCAUGUACAUGCGCAAUGAUUACCAUCUUCUAUCGCAUUGCACGGAUGCCUUGUGCAUUUCUCUCAUGCCAAAUGAAGCAUCCACAAGGUUGUGAAAUUGGGAAUCGGAGGUUAAGGGAGAUCGAGAUCCGAGUUGUAUUUUUGGGACAGGAAAUUUUGAUGGUUCUGAGUUUGCAUAUCCAAUGGUUUGGCAGAUUCUACAAUUUUUCUCUCCUUUCAGUCAAAACUCUCAAUGGCCAUUUGUGUUGGUCCAGUCGAUGAUUUUGACUGGAAAAAAUAAUAGAGCAACAAUCAUCUCUUAUACAAGUGGGUUUCCAUAUUUAUCCUAUCCUCCAGUGUUGUAUUGGGUAUAGUUUCUCAUGUUACUCCUAUGAUGAAUAAAAGCUUCUGUUACUUCCAA